GGUGUAACAUCCGGGGAGUUUGAUGCCGCAAGAAAGAAUUGGAGCAGAGCAGAUGCCGACAAUUGAAAACCGUUUGGAGAAGAAAGAUUGAGAUCAUCAGGUGACCUUUGAACUUGGAGGAGAGUGUGAUAUAAUAAGAAAUUAUAUAUCACAGUGCCACCUUGUGUUGAGAUCAAGGAACAGUUCCAGGUUCAGCUCUACUGUGGAGGUGAAGUCGGGGUUGCCAUCAGGGGUGUGAAUCUUUCAAGAAGAGCAGAAAUAAAACUCUGCCAUGGUUGGACAGAGAGGCAACCGUGGAGGUGGAAGAGGAGGAGGAGCCUGGGGGGACGACUCCCAAGACAUGGGAGCUAUGGGGGGCAGUAUGCUAGGAGGGUAUGGAACCCAGAGUGACACUAGUAUGUAUGCCCAGGGAGGCAAGAAACGCUCUUAUAACGACUCCCAGGAUGGCUACUCCAUGCCUAAUUACUAUGACAGCACUUCUACAGACCCAUAUUUUCGCGGGAUGGAUCCCCCUGCGUCACGAUUUGUGAAGACUGAAAGCACCCAACAGCCAGACCAAUAUGCAUCCUACUAUGAGAACUGGGAUUCCGGCUAUUACAACCAGGGAAACGACUCCCAGUCUAGCUACUCAGACUAUGGCUCAUCCCCGCAGCAGUCCGGAGGAGGGUACAAUCAGUCUUCAGACUUCUCUCAGGAUGUUGACUUCCCAUCCAACAAUACUUCCGGCUUCAACAAGGGUUAUAACAAAAACCAACAGAGCUGGAACAAGCGUGGUGGAGGCGGUGGAGGAGGUGGAGGUCGAGGAGGUAGAGGACAGCAGCAACAGCAACAGCAACCAUGGGGGCGAGGAGGUCAAGGAAUGCGCGGUGGUGGCAGGGGAAAUAACCGUGGAAAUCAAGGUGGUGGCAUGAUGGGUAAGAGAGGCCAGCAAAAGCCUGGUUUCCCUCCCCAGAAGGCCUUUCCUGGACCCAUGCGUGGAAACAAGCGUGGGCGUGGGGGUAGAGGGGGUAAUGCCAUGGUGCCUCCCAUUCACAGUCUGGCCAAGGUGUCUGUCCCAGAUGUCACAAAGAUGUCUAUUGCAGAAAAGAUCAGAAGGUUCUGUCUCUACCUGCAGGCAGAGACCAACAAGGUGAAUUCCAUCCAGACCAUAGAGAAUGCACUGACGGGAAGUAAGCUGGGCCUGAAGACUGAGUACGAGGUUGAAGAGUUGAUGCGUGUGGCUGGGCGUUGGAUGUACACUGGUUACCUCAAGCUUGACAGUAUCUUUCUGACACGGUCAGUUGGGGCCAACAAAAAGGAGGUCAAGCACGACGUCUACACUAAAGGUCUGGACAUCGUCAAAACGAAGACGGUGGCAGAGAUAUUUGCUCUCAAGGAUCCUGGGGUGGAGGCAAUUAGAUCUGAGCUUACCAAUAGUCUUGAGGUAAAGAAGGAAGGCUUGGGAAAGACCGAGUCUCUACAGGUGGCCAAGCAGGCUAUGGAAGAGAUGACUAACACGUACAGUACUAAACAUGACGGCUUUGAUAAGUUGAUGACAUACCUGCGUGAGAGCACCAACUUGCCGGAGUCACAGAUCUCCUGUAUAGAGCAGGGUAUAUCUGCAUCUCAUUGUGGACUCACACACACAUUUGACGGACAGAUGGUGCGUCUUCCCACUGGUAAACUCUUCUUCAGGGGUUCACUAACUAUCGCUGAGGUUGUGGUUGCAGUUGGAACUGGCUACAAGAAAAAGGAUGCCAAGGUACAGACAUAUGAAAGAGCUUUGGAGGCCCUGAGAACCAAGACAAUGGCCCAAAUCCUGAAGAGUGUACCUGAGGCUGAGGCGGUGACGGGAGUUGUCCAGGAAAAGGUGCCAACAGUUCCAGAGAAGGACCGCAGUAGUCAGACACUUCUGGAGAAGAUGACAGAGAUAACACAACUAAUCAAGGAGGCCCAGUUCCGGGAAAAUAACAUUAAUUAUCUUGAUGUCACUGCUAUACAUCUGGGCUUCACUCCGACCUGUAUAUACAGAAAACUUGAAAGUGAGGGUAACAAGACUAUGAUUGCUUGUGAACUGUACCUGGAUAGCAUUUUGAUGGCGACCGGUGAGGCCGAGCGCCGCAAGGAUGCCCAGGUGGAGACCUACAACAGCGCAUGGGAUGUUCUAUGUACUACAGCACCAGACUACAUUCUUAAGGAACACAAACGACUAAAGCCCGGCGACCAGGAUGACCCCAGCGUGAUGGAUGUGUGGGUCAAAGGCUCGGGCAAACCCAAUGCCAACACCAACAUGCCAGGGCUUAAACGCAACAAGAUGGAUCCCAACGAAGCCUGGAAAACUGUGGACGUAAUUGUGUUGAUGGAGCAUGAGGACUGGAGCUUUGAUCGACAGAGGCAGGCCUUCUGUAUACUGAACUACAGCUCGACCUUCAAUGGCAUGCUGCUUCAGUGGCAGACAGAACAUGAUGGCAACAUGUUCAAGUCAACAAUUAAUCUUCAGCACAAGAUGAUUGGGGAGGCCUCAGCUCUGGGGAAAAACACCUCCAGGAACCUGGCUGCUGCGUGUGCUCUCUUCAAGUUGUACGAAACGCAACACGUCAUCAGAAUUUCCCGACGAGAUGAUACCAAGUUAUGGGUGGAGUACCCUGAGAUUAAGACAAAGGCAGAAGCUCUGAGGGUGGCAAGUGGGGCACCGAUGGAAGAGGUGGUGGCUACUCCAACCCCAGCAGACGGGGAAGAGAAGCCCUCCAUCCCUGCCAACAAGUGGGUUGUUCAGGUGGCUGAACAGAUGAUCACACAGCACAUUGCCAAACAGACGCUUGACGAGCUCACCUUUGGACCAGGUAUGCCAUUCAGUGAGAGUAAGGAAGUGCGACAAAUAGCCCGUAACUUGGAUCUGAAACAUGACAUUCGCCAACAAGAAGGCCAGUCUUAUCUCAUCAUACACAAGAGGAUGACUCCUCAAGAAAUGAUCAAGAUUCUGCAGGCCAAUAAUUCACAGAGUGGCAAGUACUCUCUGGUGGAUAAGGACACGCUGCCCACCUACCAGAAUAUCCUCCCCGAGAUAGAAAAACACGAGGCCAUGAGGAACACUGGGAACACCGAGGGGGCCAGCAAGAAGAAAAUUAAAAAAGAAGAUAUCAGCAUGACAGAUUUAUCAUGAGACAGCAAAUUUUAAUCCUAAAAUCACCUUGUCCAUCUUUUAUCAUGGAACAAACGAAAUAAUACAUUUUAAAGGAUUGUCUUCAAAUUUCUAAACUGCUUGUAGUUCUAUGAGCUGCUUUACUUUUGUAUCAACUUUGAUAAUGUUAUGAUUUUUUUCCCGGAUGUUUUACAAAGUAAACCAAAAAAUCAUGUUAUUAUUUAAUUUAUGAUGUUGAAGGGGAAGGCUAUAAUUGAUUUCAAACUCUUCAACCAUAAAAGUGUAAGUUUGUAAGAUCUGUGAUGAAGUCUGAAAUAUGUGAUGUUGGGAGUGCUGGGAAGCAACUCUUUAACCACAAAUAAAAAAUGAAAAGGUUAAUGAUUUUAGGUUUCUUGUACAAUUGAUUCUAGAAAGUCUUUCGUGGAUUUAUGUAAAAUGUUCAGAUUAACCCCAAGUAUUGCUUCAAUUGUCUUGUGUGAUUGGGGCCAACAUUUGAUAGAAAGAUUGCAAGAGAUUUUUUGGAAAUGUACUGUAUAUAUGUUAGGGUUUGGGCUAAUAAAUCAACAUUAUCAUGUUAUUAUUUCUGACCCUUUUUAAAUUCAAAUUUUAAUAUGAAUCUUCCCUUCAAAAGAAAUAUCAUAUUAUUACAAGUUCUUUUGGUUCUUCAAACAUAUAUUUUCCAGGAAUUCAAUUUAACACCAUUUGAGAUAUCUUGAUGAAACUUGGAGGUUCCCCUACAUAAAUGUGCAUUGCAUUGUAAUUAGGUCACUGUAAUAACCUUCACCUCUAGGUCAAAGGUUAAAUUAAUGCAAAGUUUGCAGUUCAGAUUUCACCAAAUGUAUUUUAAUUUUAGGUCAGUUAAGUGUAAAGCUAAUAUGUUGUUUAACCCUUUCACCACUGUGUCCAUAAUGGACUCAUCCAGAUCAAUGCAUGGUAGAGUUUACUAAAAUUACAUAGGGGUGAAAGGGUUAAUAUGAACCAUCUGGAAAUUUAGUAAAAAAAACACCAACAUAAUUAAUUAGGAAAUGAUUUGUCAUGUGUCAGAACUCGGUGUUUUGAAAAUAUGGGCUUUUUCCACUGUACAUGAAUAAAGGUGUACUUAUUAUAAGUUAAUUCCGUUGAUUGAAGUUUCUUUAGUGUGUUUUGCUUUUAAACAAGUCUCAAGUAAACUUGCUGUCUCUGAAGUUCUGUGGGCCACUCCAUGUUUUUAGCUAAUAGUCUGUGUGGUUUUGUGUAGAAAUGGCUUUUGAAUUAAAUUGCUGAAAUUCUUGAAGGGAGUUAACAAUUUAAGAACAGCAUUUGUUGCCGAGACUUUUGUGUCAGAAUGAUAUAUCUACCUAAUAUCUACAAGCUUUAAAAAACAAACGUUUUGUUGAUAUUAGUUGCUGCUCUUGUGAUACUGUCAACUUGGACAAAAGGUAUAUACAUUAAGUAUUAAGAAAUAGAUAUUGUGGAAAUUUGUGGUAAAUAAUCAAUUUUAUUACAUACAGUUCAGACCCUAUCAUUGGUAAAAUACAUCAUCGCAUCCAAAACCUAGUCAGUCACAACUAAUUUGUGUUGUCUUAGUGGUUUGUUAAAUCAUUUACAUUAUGUGGAAUUGUUCUGAACUUCUGUUUGAUACAUUGUUUUAUUAUUUAACUUGUACUGUAAGAUAUAUGUAAUAAAUCAAUUCUUGAUA